CAGCGCAGUGAAUGGCCAAUGGGAGUUGGCUUGGGGAGCAAACACUGAGCGCUGCGUUCCCAUUCAUUCAGUGCAAAACAGGCCCGCAGAGCUGAAGGGAGCGCACAGAGAACGCUGCGUUUUUUCUUGCUUCUUCCUCCGCACCAAAGCGCAGUUUUAACUAGAAUUAAAGGACAGAGCGUAAACGGUGCACCCAGCAGUGUUGGAUCUAAGCUCGCAUUUCUCCUGGACGUGUUUUUCUUCUUCUUUGCUACUCUUCCAACGGGACUCCUUUAACUGCCUCCUCUCGACUUCACAGAUCGGCCUCCACAAGUGCGUAGUAGCUCCCCACGGGUGACUUCUGUCGUGGAUUUAUGCAUGCGCACCAUACGCUGAACUUUUUUCUCCAAACAGAGACUAAAAGUAAAGGGAAUAACACAGAAAAGACGAUUCUUUCGAGCUUGGAUUAUAAAACUCAAUGUUAUGCGUUAGACCUUGCAGUCUGCGCUUGGACAUUGACCCUUUCCUGCUGGAUGGACUUUUAAUAAAUUAUUUGGUUGAUGGAUUCCACGUUAUGGAUGCUUGCAUAUAGGUUUUCCAAUGCAUAUCCACGGUGAAUGUCGGAAGUGGUGAUUCCCCCAGAUGGAGCUCCAAAGUCAACAUGGCCCUGCCGGAUCAUUAGUGGUGAUCCAGCAGCCUUCCCUUGACACCCGGCAGAGGUCGGAUUACGAGCGGGAGCUCCAGCAUGCCGCCAUUCUCUCCCUGGAACAAAUCAAGGCCAUCCGCUCCAGCAAUGAGUACACAGAGGGGCCCUCAGUGGCGCGGAGGCCCCCAGCACCCCGUGUGGCCCCCAGGCCCCAGGACAAGCAAGAAAGGACUCAUGAGGUCAUCCUCGUCAAUGUCAACAACAACUACGAGCGCCAACCAUUGGGCCAUCACCACCACAGUGGGGGUGGAUUGGUGGUGGCGGCUGUGGGGCAGCAGUAUGGCGGCUCUCGGGCCCCGGGACUCAGCCGCUCUACCAGCACAGGAAGUGCUGCCAGUUCGGGAAGCAACAGCAGUGCCUCCUCUGACCAGGGACUCCUGACACGUUCGCCACCAACAAGGCCUGGUGUGAUUUUGCAGCACCACCACCGAGCAGAGCGACCCGUUCGGACUCAGCCCAAAUCCAAGCCCCUUUUACAGCCACAGCAGGGACCUCACCUCCACCAGCCUCCUCUGGAGGCUCCACUCAAGCCCCCAACCAAAGGGAAAUCAGACUUUGGGGUAGUUGCCGCUGCUGGGCACCAAUUUAUCUGUGAGCGCUGUGGGAAGUGCAAGUGCAGGGACUGCACGGCCCCCAGGAGCCUGCCCUCAUGUCUGGCAUGUAACGGCCAAUGCCUGUGCUCUGCAGAGAGCGCACUGGAGCACGGCACGUGCAUGUGUCUGGUCAAAGGCAUCUUUUACCACUGCUCCAACGACGACGAGGGGGAUUCGUGUGCUGAUCACCCCUGCUCGCUGUCACGCUCCCACUGCUGCUCCCGCUUCCUGUGCAUGGGAUUAAUGUCGGUACUCUUCCCCUGUCUGCUAUGUUACCCUCCUGUCAAGGGCUGUUUGAAGGUGUGCCAGGGCUGCUAUGACCGGGUCAACAGGCCUGGCUGUCGCUGCAAGAACACCAACACUGUGUAUUGUAAACUGGAGAGCUGGGCCCCACAGAGCCAGGAAAAACUAUCCUGAUUGCUUUCUGUGUGUGUGCAUAGGACGCUCCUGAUGUGGAUCAUAUGAUAACAGUAAAAACGUUGACGUUCUAAGCACCUCCCACAUGACUCCUCUCCUGGCUGCAGAACCUGAAGGAGCUACAAAGGAGUAAUGAAAAACCACUCAAUUAUUUUUAUUUUUGCUUUCUCUGGAUCAGGACCAUGUUUUUACAGACCAGUGUUUGCCUUAAUUCUUUCUCUGUCUGUCCUCAGCUCCCUUAAUAACACUAUUUUUUUAUUCUAAUUAAAAAAAUGAAAAAGUACUUCUUCCGUUUGAGGCUGGCAGUUUCUUCUGGCCUAUGCCUGUUGGGGGCUGCCUCCCACCAAAUCUGUGAAGGACGAUCUGUUUUAGGGCGAUUAUGUAGCUGUUACCAGGUUUGUUGCUGCCACACUAAACCUGUGGCUCUUCUGCUCGUGUUGCAUUAACAAAAGCACAUCCUUAUCAUAGUAUUCUCCACUCGGAUAUGUUUCUCCUUCCACCCGUCUGGACUGUUCACAAACAUUCUUUGGCAUUCUCCCAUGUUUUUUUUUUUGUGUAAAUUGUAUAUUCCGUGAGAGGAAUUUUGGCUAUUUUUAAAAAAAGAAAAGAAAUGUCUGUUAAACAUUUUGUUUUUUUGUUGUAAAAAAUAUUUAUUAUGUGAAGCUCUAUUAUUUUAUGAUAUUUAUUGCAAGAGACAGUCUUAAAUUUACUCAUGUCUGAAUAUAACAAAAUAUCAAAAUACUUACUGAAAAUUAAAGGGUGGCACAAAAGAAAACUAUGUUAACUUUAAUGCAGAAAAUAUAUUAAUUAAUGAAAAAUA